AUGGCCUUACGUUUAUCAUAUGAACCCCACAACUUCACACUUCACACUUCACAGAAACCAGGACCAAGGCCCAGGAAGAAGAAACCCAAUACACAGCUUGCAUGGCUGCUCCAGCUGUCGAAAACGCCGCCGAACUCAGAAAAUAUUGCAACUCUUUUUAGAUUUCUGCUGUUUCAUAUUGUGAGAGUUGGGUGUCUUGGUUUGCGCAUAAUUCAAAAUUUGCAGUUACUAUGUCUAUAUGCAGCUGGAGUCCCGAAUCUGGCCUUGGUUGAGGGCGUAGACAAUGAGAAGAUUGCAAACCAUCUUGAUCGAGCAGUGUCAAACCUUGGUAGAAAUCCUUUAAAGGUUUUGGUCCAAGUAAAUACCAGUGGAGAAAUAUCGAAAUCUGGUAUCGAUCCUUCUGAUUGUGUUGAACUUGCAAAACAUGUCAAAUUUCAGUGCCCAAAUCUAGAGUUUUCUGGCUUAAUGACAAUAGGGAUGCCAGACUAUACAUCAACUCCAGAAAACUUCAGGAUGCUAUCAAAGUGUAGAGCUCAGGUCUGCAAGGCACUUGAUAUGGCAGAGGAGCACUGUGAGCUAUCAAUGGGCAUGUCUGGUGACUUUGAACAAGCGAUUGAAAUGGGCAGCACCAAUGUCAGAAUUGGAUCCACCAUAUUCGGGCCAAGGGAUUAUGCAAAGAAGCAACCAGAUUAGUAUCUUCCAACCCCUGCCCUUCAUGCCUUUAUGUGUUUCUAUGUGUUUAUUGAUCCUGGCAAAGCUUGUAUCCCUCUUUUUCAGUUGUAUGGUGUCACAAUCAUUAACUGUCAUUCUGCGCAUCAUAUGCAGCUCCCGACCUUUAUUGUAAUCAAAUCAUGUACCACAAAAUCUUUCAUAUAUUGAUAUAUUUGUUAUGAAGUC